AUGGCACUUGUUAGACAACGCCGGAACCUCAAUCUCCGCCUUCCUUUGCCAGACAACGCCGACUGCCGCCCUCGCUUCCCACUCCCACUCCCCCCAACUUUGCUCUCCUCCUCCGCCGCCACAACCACCACCACAUCGCAAGAAAUCGACCGCCUCUCCGACCUUGAGAAAGUCAAAGUCCUCGGCCACGGCAAUGGCGGCACAGUUUACCAAGUCCGUCACAAGCGCACCUCUGCCGUCUACGCCCUCAAAGUUAUUCAUGGAGACUGCGACACCACUGUCCGCCGCCAGAUCUUCCGCGAGAUAGAGAUCCUCCGCCGUACCGACUCUCCCUUCAUUGUGCGGUGCCACGGGGUUUUUGAGAAACCCUCCGGUGAGACCUCGAUCCUCUUGGAGUACAUGGACGGGGGCACGCUCGACUCUCUCCUUAAAUCUCGUGGAAAAUUCUCAGAGCUUUCACUCUCCACCAUCGCUCGCCAAGUCCUCAAUGGUCUCAACUAUCUUCACUCCCAGAAGAUCGUCCACAGAGACAUCAAGCCUGCGAAUCUUCUUGUGAAUCAGAAGAUGGAGGUCAAGAUUGCAGACUUCGGGGUCAGCAAGAUCAUGUGCCGUACGCUCGAACGCUGCGACUCUUAUGUGGGUACCUGUGCAUACAUGAGCCCUGAGAGGUUCGAUCCAGACACCUACGGUUCGAAUUACAACGGUUACUCUGCGGAUGUCUGGAGUUUGGGGCUUACGCUAUGGGAGCUCUACGUGGGUCACUUCCCCUUGCUAUCUCCAGAGCAGAGACCCGAUUGGGCCACGCUAAUGUGCGCCAUAUGUUUCGGAGAACCACCGAGCUUACCCGACAGUUCUUCGGAGGAGUUUCAGAGCUUCAUCAAUUGUUGUUUGCAGAAGAAUUCCAGUAAGAGAUGGAGUGUUUCGCAGCUCUUAUCGCACCCUUUUAUCGUCAAGGAUCGGGGAUCUGAAAAUUGA